AUGUACAUUCCUCAGAAACGGGACCUCAGCCGCAAGAACAGCGUCUUUAUCAUCUGUGCCUCGGUCAUCAUCUUUGUUCUUGCCGCUUGCGCUUGCAUCUAUUUUGGCGCCCGGUGGCUCCGACAGCGUUACUAUGAGCCCAAGUAUAUUCCCACCCAGACCCUGAAGCAGAAAUGGAAGCAAUGGUGUCCUGGAAGUGCCUCUUAUGGGCAGGUACCAAAUCAAGGUGGUCAAAACAAUGAUCGGGAUACCUCCUAUCAGGGGGCUGGUGGAUCGGGCCCCGAGAUGGCCGCCAUUGCCUCCAACAACAACCGCAAUGCCAGCGGUGGUCCACAGCGUGAAACCUCCAUUCGGUCUAUUAUGACCUUACCGCCGUACUCAGCAAGUCCAAAGCCGACCGAACAGGUUAUCGCUCGCGAGGGAGAACGAGCCGGCAUGGAUAUGGUCGUCGAAUUCCCUGAGACCGCCGAGGAACAAGAAGAGCGCCGCGAAGAUCAGAUGGAAGCCCUCUACCAGCUCCGUGUCCAGCGUCGACAGGAACUGGCCGACCGUGAGGCUCGCCGUCGAGAACGCCGAGAAGCCCGGGCGCGAGGUGAUUCGAUCCGUCUAGAGCAGCUCAAUGAAGAAUCCCGCGCUCAAAGCCGCCGUCGCCGCGAGGCUACCUCAAGCAGCACUUCACUCACUGCAUCGGCCGUCAUCGCUGACCACCAAUCCCGCGAAAGAGAUCGCCGUAUCGCCAGCGUCAGCUACGCUGAUCUCGGCCACGUUCGACACGACGGAUCCCGUCUACGAGCGGAUUCACACGCCUCUGAUUCUGACCACCACCCUCUUCUUCAGAAUGCUGCCAUGCAUGCAUCAUCUCCAUCAUUAAUGGAUCCCCCGAGUACUCGAUCUCGCGUCCAGUCGAUCGCAUCCACGCUAUCCAACGAGGUCGACCCACUGGUCCUCCGUCCGACAUCAACCCGUGGAUCAUCGAUUCGACCAGUCUCUCAAUCAGACGAAGAGGGAGAUCUAGGUACUCUUAACAUCCCGCCGCCACCCGAAUACGAUCACCUCGACUGGGGCGAGGCCCCUGCCUACGAGAGUCCUGUCAAUCCGCGGGAUGAGCAGCAACUACCGGGAAUCAUGCGAUUGCCAUCUAUACAUGUGAACAUCGGCAGUCCAAUCACGUUUUCCCCGAUCACACCUACUGCACCUCAAGCCCCGGAGGAGUCUUCACCUAACCCUUCGACCGCGCCAACGUCAACAGAAGUCACAGAGCCUUUGCCGACGUCAGCCACGACAUUGGACAGUACCCAUGCCAAUAGUCAGGGUCCAACAACUAGACAUGCCUCCGCUUCGGGAUAA